AUGUUUCUUCCUGCGCACUCAUUCAUUAGAGACGAUGCUGCUGAGCGCCACUCGCCUGUUUUGCCGCACUGUGUUUGGGUGUUGGCGGCGCCCGUUCGCGGACAUAAUAACAGCCAGAGACAGUCAGCUGAGCUCAUCCUCUGCAGUCAGUGCUGCACGGAGGCACGCGGCGGGCCGCUGGAGGGCGCUGCUGCACGCACACGCAGAGUCAUCUUGCAGCAGGCCAGCUUCCUGCUGAGAGCAGCUCUGCUCUCAGUCCUGCUGUGCGGCCCACAGCACGUAGCGUCAGACUCAGAUGAGGCGGUCCUGACUGAGUGGGAGAUCUGGAAGAGCAGCCAUGGCAUAACCUACGAUGAAAUUGACGACAUGCAAAGGAAGGCCAUCUGGGAGGAGAACAAGCAGAUGAUUGAACACAAUAAUCAAGGGUUUUUCAUGGGGAUGAGGCCGUUCACUAUGGUCAUGAAUAAAUAUGGAGACCUGACAAAACAAGAGUACAAGGUUUUGCAAGGUGCCAUAAUAGAUGCCAAAUUCGUGAAGAGAGGGAAGACCGUCUCUGCCCGAAGGCUGCGUCACAAUGCUAAGAAGUUAGAUACUUGGUUUAUCGACUACAGGAACAUGGGUUAUGUCACUGAGGUGAAAGACCAGGGUUACUGUGGCUCGUGCUGGGCCUUCAGCACUACGGGAGCUAUUGAGGGACAAAUAUACAAGAGGACAGGUCAGCUUCUAUCUCUGAGUGAACAAAACCUGGUGGACUGCUCCAGAUCUUACGGUACCUAUGGCUGCAGUGGUGCCUGGAUGGCCAACGCCUACGACUAUGUGGUCAGCAACGGGCUGCAGUCGACAAACACCUACCCAUACACUUCAGUGGAUACCCAGCCCUGUUACUACGACAGCGAACUUGCAGUUGCCCAUAUCAGAGAUUACAGGUUCAUACCCAAAGGAGAUGAGCAGGCUCUGGCUGAUGCCGUGGCAACCAUUGGUCCCAUCACAGUAGCCAUUGAUGCAGAUCAUUCAAGCUUCCUGUUUUACAGCUCAGGAAUAUAUAAUGAGCCAAACUGCAACCCUAACAAUCUGAGUCACGCGGUGCUACUGGUUGGCUACAGCUCUGAAGGAGGCCAAGACUACUGGAUCAUCAAAAACAGCUGGGGUACCAGUUGGGGUGAAGGCGGCUACAUGCGAAUGGUCCGAGAUGGUAGAAACACUUGUGGCAUUGCGAGCUAUGCCCUGUACCCUAUUCUAUGAUUCUGAAAGGGAGGCCUCAGUCGAGUUUUAAUGCUAAACUCUUCCGCUGGACUGUCAGUGGGUCUCAGAAAACAACAUCAGUCAUUGUUGAUGCAGCCCAUGUCAUCUCUAAAGCACUCCUGUCAUCCAUAUUUUCUGAACCGUCUGCUGAACCUUUCUCAUACUGUAGAUAAUAUUUUGUGCAAGGCUCAUUACAGCCAUUUACAGUGAACACAUUGCUUCUCUCAGGGACGUAGUACACACACAGCCUCUGUGGCUAGAGAUACUAAUAACCUUCCAAACGUUUUAUUGAUUAGUCUAACUCACCAAAUAUAGAAAACUGCAGUUCAAAUAAUUAAAGUGAGGCUAUGUAACUUUGGACAGAAGUAAUAACAGUCAUUCACUUACAAAUAAAAAGUUGCAUUUGUAAGUAAAAUAAUACACUACUGUAUUUUAUAUACUACUAGGCCACAAUCUUUCUUGGUCCCGUAUGACCAGUGGCUUAUGGUGGCUAAUUUUGGCUAAUGUAAGCAAACUUAUAGUAGUGUAUAACAGACUUUCUGAGUUCACUGACUAAAAAUGGCAGAAUGACACGGUGAAAUCAAUUAUUCCAAUGGAAUCAUUACUGGAUUCACUAAUGGUAACAUUAACACGCAAAUUUUGAGUUUGUGCUCGCUAUCUUUCAGGGAAUGGAGAGCCGGGGAGUCCAAAAUAGAGGAAGCUAGCUCCACAAAAGACAACAGUUUGCCAACUAGAACUUCUAGAAGCAAAUAUUUCACAAAGACAUAUAGAUCAAUUUGCUGUGCCACUUUCUGGUGUGACCAGGCCUUAACUGUCACUUGCAGUCACAGUGGUUGCUGUUCCAGAAGUUACAUAGUCUUGCUUUAACAAAUGCGUUAUAAUUAUUCAUUACCAUUAUGCAAUCCCAUUCAUUUUGUAGACUAUACAAAAAAAGUAAAUCAGGGUGCCCUGCUUGUGAAUUUCACUGUUUGUUUUUAACUGUAAUGUUAUAUCUUCAGACUGCAAAACUUUGUUAUUUAGUUUUUUUUUGUUACAGUAAAACUUUUUGUACUGACAAGAAAUCACAUUUUGAGAGGGGGAGGAAUGAAAGGGUGGCGGUGGGAGACACACAUUAAAAAUUUAAAUCUGAGCCUGGUGGCCUCAACUUGAGUGUUUGAGACAGAACAAAUAAAAUGGUGCUUUGUAUUUUCAGUGCUAACAAAUGUUUUAUUUAUUUUCCUGUGGCAUUGCAUUUUUUUUCUACCAUAAUAAACAACAUUUUAUCAGUUACUUACUGGAUCAACUGAAAUGUUUUAACUUCUGGACUGACUGAUAAUAAAGUGAUAACCAUUUUCUCA